ACAAAAUUCUGAAAAUCGCUGACCGUCACGGAUGGGAUACCGUGCACGAGUAUCUCGAUGACCCUUUGGCAGAUAAUACCGAAGAUGCCACUAAGCUUCGUUACGCUGUGGGGCGUGCUGCAAGAAAACGAUCCUUCAGAGCAAAACCGUAUGAAAGACGCAGAGGAAGUUUUGCGCCCAGUGACUUUUUUCGUGGCUUUAGCCAGUCGUAUAGUUCCUCCGAAAAAUUCAACACAGGGGCUUCAAGGGUCGGAAAUACAGGAUUCCAGUUCCAAAGAGAUCGUGGCGGAUGUUUCUACUGUCGGCAAGUCGGACACAUGGUCAGAGACUGCCCAUACCUCAAAGGCCAGCCCAUCCCCACCUUGUCAACCUCAACUACAUGCACAAGUGGAACCUCUAAGCAGUGAAAAUAAUGAAGUACGCAGUGUUUGGACAGAAAUUCAGGAAAUGAAAAAGGACAGCAGACUUUCUUCAGCAGCAUCAAACAUUCAGCACAUAAUCAGGAAAGGGAAGAGUGAUAGUUCAAAUAAAAUGUACGACACAUAUUUUAAAAAGUUCAGGACCUGGUGUUCAGAUCAUGGUGUUUCUCAUUUACCCGCGGCAGUGAGUACGGUAGCCGUAUUUCUUAGCAGUCUCGUGCAACAGUCGGUGUCAGAAUCAGUGUUAUCAGCUUAUUUUUACAGUAUUAAGUGGUUCCAUGAUUUCAAUGUGUGCAUUAAUCCGUGUGAUACAAAAAUUCUGCAUAUGGUUAUGGAAGGAGGAAAAAGAAUCCUUAGUAAGCCGAUUCAGAAGAAGGAACCUAUUACGCCCGAAAUUUUGGAGCAGAUCAUAAACAAAUACGGUGAUGACAGUCGGAAAAAUGACUUAUUAAGUGUAAGAGUGUGUGCUAUGUUUCCGAUGGGAUUUGCGGGGUUUUUAAGAUUUAAUGAACUUGCGAACUUAAGA